CGACACGUAAUUAAACCCCCCUCGACGACCGGUAGACCGGUGACCGCACCCACCUAUAACCUCCUCCCCUCUCCGCCCCACCUCGCAGAGCCGCCGCCUGUGACCGACCGGAGAGCCAGACGACAAACCGAGCCCACCGCACCAACACCAACUCCUCCUCCUCUUGCGCGGCUGCAGCUGCCGGCCAUGUCGGUGGAGACGGAGCGGAGCUCCACGGAGUCCUCCGCCGCCUCGGGCCUCGACUUCGAGGACACCGCCCUCACCCUCCGCCUCCCCGGCUCCGACCCCGACCGCAAGCGCGCCUCCACCUCCGACCCCGACUGCCCCUCCCCGACCGCCGCCGCCUCCAACUCUCCCCCUUCCCCCAAGGCGCAGGUGGUGGGCUGGCCACCGGUGCGGUCGUUCCGGAAGAACGCCCUCGCGGCCGCGGCCUCGUCCAAGACCAAGUUCGUCAAGGUGGCCGUCGACGGCGCGCCCUACCUGCGCAAGGUCGACCUCAAGGCUUACGCUGGCUACACAAGCUCUGCCUCCUACGACCAGCUCCUCGCCACGCUCCAGGACAAGUUCAUCUCCCACCUCACCGUCCGAAAGCUUGGGAACGAGGAGAUGAAGCUCGUGGACGCGGUGAGCGGGACGGAAUAUGUUCCGACGUACGAGGACAAGGACGGCGACUGGAUGCUCGUCGGAGACGUCCCCUGGAGAAUGUUUGUGGAGACCUGCCAGCGCAUUCGUCUCAUGAAAAGCUCCGAGGUUGUCAAUCUAGCACCAAGAGCUGGUCGGUGAGGCACAAUCCUUGCUCCUUUUUCUACAGACCGCUUCAGAGGAAGAAAUGUCUUUGCUCAGUGAGGUUCUUCCGCAAGUUUCCGAGAGAGAAAUGUGUACAGCCAUCUCUACUUUUUGCCCAGCACGCUAUUGAGAAAUAUCUACAUGUCAGUCAGUAAUAUCUACAUGUAAGAUGGAGAGGUUGUGAUGCUUCAGAAAUACACCUACAGUUCGUUCUUGAAAAAUAAGACUGUGGUCCCUGUUCUCCCGAGCUGCUUGCUACUGGAGCAUGGUUUUGUGUAACUUUAUGCAAGAGUGAUGAUUUUGCUAUAUUAUGUACUCCUUCUGUUACUAAAUACUCCCUCCGUUCCUAAAUAUAAGUCUUUUUAGACAUUUUAAA